AUGCUGCGCUGUCUGGUCCUACUGCUGCUAUCGCCGCUGACUUUGGCUGUUCAGCCGCGCGAUUUCCGCGUGCCGCCCGUGGAUUUCACGCAACUCUCGAGUGCCACAAACAAUGCGCACAACUUCGACUUGCUUGCCAAACUUCAGGAAAAUGGCAUCAUCGCAUUGCAAAACGUACCCAAUUUUGCCACUCUGCGACACGAAUAUCUUCGCACUGCGGCAACUUGUGCCGUGCAAGCCCAGAAGAAAGGGGCCGAGUUUCUCCUGCAUCGGCAACUGAGGGACAACACCAACCGUUAUACUGUCAGUCUUGAGUCUGGCCGGCAACUGAUGGAAUCUUUGGACCAAAGUGCCGAACUGUUGGCAAUUUGCCCCGAGUACGUUGAAAUUCACGCCGCUUUCAGCUCGGCAGUCGAAUUGGCGGUUGCCAAUGUGGGAACCGCUCUCGACGCCACGCAAAAGUUCCACGUCACAGCCGAAAAGGGAGCUGUGACCAUGACGGCACGUAAACUACUGGAAGAAUCUGUUCACCUGGACCAUUUCCACGCCUACGAAGCUGCUCAGGACAUGCGUAGACUGGAAACAGAUUCGGAAAUUAACGUUUCCGACAUGUCACUGGAGUUGCAUACCGACAAUGGCCUCAUGAUUGCCAUGAGUGCACCCGAGUAUUUCGAAGUGUCAAGCACUGGCGAGUUGCAACUUAAAAACACCCAAGGUGAAGAUGCGGGUCUAUUUAUCCAGUCGGCGAAUGGACAAAUCGUUCGCCCCGUGUUGCAAGGGGAUGAGCUCAUUUUGAUGCUGGGAUCUGGAGUUAACGACUGGAUUAAAACCACCCCACCCCUCCACUCGGUGUUGCAUGGUAUGCGCUACCCACGAACCGUCGCUCUCGUCGAUGGAGAUGGGCAAGGCAAAAAGUUGCUUCGUUCGUGGUUUGGCAAAAUGAUUUUGCUGGAGUCGCACCAGGUGAUGGAUAACACUGGCCUCACGUUCGGCCAGUACGCAAACCAGACUACUCGAUAUCUGGUACAACAAGAAGCUGAAGACCACCAAGCGUUUGGUGCUGUUGCAUGUCCUCCGCAACGUCAUUUGGCUGCAUCAGACAGCAGUUGCUCGGUCAAAACCUGUACGCUAAAAAGCACUUCUUCCGAGUCAGAUCUCAAGGAUUCGUGCCAGAUCACAUGCAACCACGACUCGGCCAGUGACGCCACAUUAUGUGAGCAACAUUGCGACUGUGAAGACGCAACCAAGAGCGGCACUACCUGCUGGAUGUUGUGUGUCGAGAAUUUCUCGUCGGACGUGUGUCCUGGAGACCAGCAAUGCAACAACGCCGCGUCGAAAGAUAAACUAGCCGUGACGUGUGUUGGUGGGACAUCCGCUCCUUCCACGUCUUCACCUUCGACUACAGCUCCCACUAGCACGACAGCACCAGCCACUACCUCUCCAAGCACAAUGACAGCGCCUAGCACCACAGCCGCGUCUUCUACUGCCGCGUCGACGAAUGUUGGGGACGAGUCUACGGCGGCUUCAGCCUCGAGCGGAACGUCUGCUACCGCAGCCUCAAAUGCGGAUGACGUUUCGUCUGCUUCUGCGUCGGCGUCAGCAUCAGCGUCUUCGGCGUCGUCGUCACCUGCGAGUGUCAUCCCUGCACGGAAACACUCGACGAAUGUUCACUCGCUGCUGCGUUGGUCCUUGGUCCAGGGUAAUAGUGCCAUUGUCGUGCACCGCAACGAUGGUGAAUGGCCCGUUAGCCACAUUCCGGUGUUUGUUCUUUCUGUCUUUGGCUGGAAUGCGAACAAUCACGUGGUCGCCUACUUGGUAGAAGUGCUGUAG